UUCCAGCCCGGCGCGGGAGAGGGUUUGGGCUCUGUUCAGCCCCGAGCCAGAGCCGUGGCGCGCUUGGCUGGGAGACACUGCGCCCUGCAGCCUGCCGGGUGUCCGCAUAGCAACCGGGAGCGAAAGGGCUCCGGCUCUGCAGCCAUCGAUCCGCUGCCUGGUCUCCCCCCCGCCCCGCGUGUGUUUGUUGUUUGGUUUCCCGCGUCCCUCGCCGGGCCAUGGACGGGAGACGCCGCGCUGGGCGCCGGGUGGCUCUGGCUCUCUUCUGCGCCUGGUGCGCGGCCGCCAGCCUGGCGGGCGCCGAGAAGCAGUUCGUCAAUGAAUGGGCGGCGGAGAUCCCGGGCGGUCCGGCGGCGGCCCAGGCCAUAGCGGAGGAGCUGGAGUACGAGCUGCUGGGCCAGAUUGGAUCACUCGAAAAUCACUAUCUCUUCAGACAUAGAAGCCAUCCAAGAAGAUCUCGAAGAAGUGCCAUUCAUAUCACCAAGAGACUCUCUGAUGAUCAUCGUGUGUCAUGGGCAGAGCAACAGUAUGAAAAAAAGCGAACUAAGCGUUCAGCCUUGAGAGACUCAGCAGAAAACCUUUUCAACGAUCCUAUGUGGAAUCAGCAGUGGUACCUGCAAGAUACAAGGGUGACUCCAUCUCUGCCAAAACUGGAUCUCCAUGUUAUUCCUGUAUGGCAAAAAGGGAUUACAGGCAAAGGUGUUGUUAUAACAGUGCUCGAUGAUGGCUUGGAGUGGAAUCACACUGACAUAUAUACUAACUAUGAUCCAGAGGCAAGUUAUGAUUUCAAUGACAAUGACAAUGAUCCCUUUCCCAGAUAUGAUCCAACAAAUGAAAACAAACAUGGAACACGAUGUGCAGGGGAAAUUGCCAUGCAGUCCAAUAACAAGAAAUGUGGUGUUGGCGUGGCAUACAAUUCCAGAGUUGGAGGUAUAAGAAUGCUGGAUGGAAUAGUCACUGAUGCCAUUGAAGCCAGUUCAAUUGGUUUCAAUCCAGAACAUGUGGAUAUUUACAGUGCAAGCUGGGGCCCUAAUGAUGAUGGUAAAACUGUAGAGGGACCUGGCAGGCUAGCACAGAAGGCUUUUGAAUAUGGGAUCAAACAGGGCCGAAAUGGAAAAGGUUCCAUUUUUGUAUGGGCUUCUGGGAAUGGUGGUCGUCAGGAUGAUAAUUGUGACUGUGAUGGUUACACAGAUAGUAUCUACACUAUAUCCAUCAGCAGUGCUUCUCAACAAGGUCUUUCUCCCUGGUAUGCAGAGAAGUGUUCCUCGACACUGGCCACAGCAUACAGCAGUGGGGAUUAUACUGACCAGAGAAUUACAAGUGCUGAUCUUCACAACGAAUGUACUGAGACUCACACUGGGACCUCUGCAUCUGCUCCAUUGGCAGCAGGGAUUUUUGCUCUAGCUCUUGAAGCAAACCCUAAUCUAACCUGGAGGGAUAUGCAGCAUUUGGUAGUCUGGACUUCAGAAUAUGACCCAUUGGCCAACAAUCCUGGAUGGAAGAAGAAUGGAGCAGGGUUGAUGGUGAAUAGCAGAUUUGGAUUUGGAUUACUUAAUGCCAAGGCACUGGUGGAUUUAGCUGAUCCUAAAACCUGGAAAGGAGUACCUGAAAAGAAAGAGUGUAUAGUCAAGGACAACAGCUUUGAACCUAGGUUAUUAAGAGCAAACGGAGAAGUAACUAUUGAAAUUCCCACAAAAGCUUGUGAAGGGCAAGAAAAUUCUGUUACAUCUCUGGAGCAUGUGCAAUUUGAAGCAACAAUUGAAUAUUCCCGCAGAGGUGAUCUUCACGUCACCCUCACUUCCCCAUCAGGCACCAACACUGUCUUACUGGCUGAAAGAGAGAGAGAUAAGUCUCCCAAUGGCUUUAAAAACUGGGACUUCAUGUCUGUUCACACAUGGGGAGAGAAUCCAAAAGGCACUUGGACUUUGAGAAUUACUGAUGUGUCUAGGAGAAUGCAGAAUGAAGGAAGAAUUGUGAACUGGAAAUUGAUUUUGCAUGGCACUUCUACUCAACCUGAACACAUGAAGCAGCCUCGUGUAUACACAUCCUACAAUGCUGUGCAAAAUGACAGAAGAGGAGUGGAGAAGAUGGCAGACUUUGUAGAGGAUCAUACCACGCAAGAGAACCUGAGUGCAAAACCCAAGGUCACCGAAGGUACCAGCAGUAGCACUGAUAAAAUGGGAGACAAAAUCCCGUCAGAGGCAAUGCUUCGUCUAUUGCAAAGUGCUUUUAGCCGGCACAUGGCCCAGAAUCGAGCACCAAAGAAGACUCCAAAUGAAAAGUUAAAUAUUCCAUAUGAACAUUUCUAUCAAGCCCUUGAAAAAUUAAACAAACCCUCCCAGUUAAAAGACUCUGAGGACACUCUGUACAGUGAUUACGUUGACCUUUUUUACAAUGCCAAACCAUACAAACAUAGAGAUGAUAGACUGCUGCAAGCCUUGGUUGAUAUUCUGAAUGAAGACAACUAAAAUAUAGGGUAUGGUACUGAGUUGGAAAUAUUCAUGCUCCCCACCCCCACUGCCCUUUUCUGAAGUAUAUUCUACACUUUACUCAUGUGAUUACUACUUUGAUUGCUUCAUACUUAACGAGGAUGUCAAGCGGUGGGAAACAAAUAGGAAGUGUAAUUUGUUAGUGGCAAGGCACUAAGUUGAAGGGUAUCAGUGACCGCUCUAUUCCAGGGCUUCUUAAACUUCAUUGCACCACAACCCCGUUUUGACAACAAAAAUUACUACACGACCCCAGGAAGGGGGACCAAAGCUUGAGCCCAUCCGAGCCCCGCUGCCCCAGGCGGGUGGGGGGCGGGGAAACCCAAAGCCCGAUCCCCACUGCCCCAGGUGGGGGGCAGGGGCAAAGCCCAAGGACUUCAUCCCCAGGCAGGAAGCCUAUAACCUAAGCCCCACCACCCAGGGCCUCAGGCCUCAGGCUUCAACUUCAGCCCCAAGUCCCAGCAAAUCUAACACCAGCCCUGGUGACCCCAUGAAAAUGGGGUCCCGACCCACAGUUUGAGAACCUCUGCUCUAUUCAGAUCUUGUCUUCAUUAUCACCAAAAGAAGUAGUUUCUUCCCUCUGGCAUGAAAUGCAACUAUAUUCCUCUGAAAAUACUACAGCUUCACUUCAAACUCUGUUUCCUUUCCCUAUUGUUUUCCACUUGAUUCCUGUAGCAGGCAGUGUUUUUGAACAGAACUGCCAGUGCUUUGUGAACUGCCAAGGAAUGGGGAAAUACCAUUUUCCCUGUAGUGAGUGUAUCAGUCCUUCUCACACCUGGUAUUCUCACAAGACUUAAUGCUGGCUGCAAAUUCUGCCUCGUGCAGAUUCUAGAGCAGAGAGGAAGCUUGCAAUGGGUUUGAGCUUUGCAGACAGUUAUAAAUCAAGAGAAUUCAGGAGAUUAACUAUUCUUUAUGAUCCAUGGCUGGAAUAAAGUAUUGGACUUGAUUCUGAUCACACACCAGGGAGUUACUCCUGAUUUACACUAAUCCAGAGUUACACUGGUAUAAAAGAGCUCGGAAUCAGUAACUUCAGUGUUGAAAAUAUUGCACAAAAGUCUGUGACCAGCUUGUCUUCUCCCUAAUCUCACUGUGGCCUAGGGAGAGGACCUCUAUCCACAGAGAACACGGCAAGACUGGAUGUGGGCAUGCCAAUGGCUGAUUGCAGCAUUUCUUAAAUCUUUUGGAGGGAUGAGGGGUAAAUGGAGAGAGAGAAAAUACCAAGAUAGGAAGAAAUUGUAUAGGCCUGAAAAAGGAGGGAAAGAAUAGAUAAGAGGGGGAAAAAGGAUGAAAUGGAAUGUGAGUAAAGAGGAGGCAGCAGUCAAAGACAAGGAAGAGAAAAAUGAAAGGUCAGAAUCAAAAAAGAAAAGAGAGGAGGGAGAGGGAGAUGGAGGGAAGUCCCUCAGAAUGGUCCCUGCAACUCUUGUCAAGUAAAGUGCUGCAUCCAGAAGAUCUGAUUCAAACUGGGGGACUGGCUGAGUGGAGGAGUCAGACCACCUUAUCUAACGUAGGAAGACAAAUUCUGAGACAAAAUGACUGAGGGAUAGUGGAUGUCAGAGUAGCAAUGUUUCAUAUAUUUAUUUUAAUUGAAAUCAAGAUGGGCCCAGGGGUGCUGGAACUAGGAGUGCUAGGGGUGUGGCAGCACCCUAGCUUGAAGUGGCUUCCAUCAUAUACAGAGUUUACAGUUUUGUUCAAUGGCUUGCAGCACCCCCACUAUACAAAUUGUUUCAUUGCCCCGAAUGGGUAUAGGUUUUGUUGCUCAUAGAGUCAAAAAAUAGUGCACAGCUGAAUACUCAGUUAAAAAAUUGAGGGAACCCUGGGCAGGGUAAUACAAAGACUGUAAGUGAAAUGGAAAAUGUAAUGUUUCUCUACAAUGCCAAAGAUACCUGAUAUUGAUAUUGACUAGAAUUUACAUUAUCUAUCUAUCUAUCUAUCUAUCUUUUUCCAAACAGCUUUUAGAAAUACUUGUCACUGUUUCAGUAUCUCCAUUUCAUAAAUGAUGCUGGUAUCUCUCAAACUAGGAGCUUAACAUUUUGCUAAUACUUCAUCAGAUUGAACACAGACUUUCAAAGCUGUUGUGAAAUUCUGUUGUUUAAAACAAAACCUGGUUACUCUCAUAGUAACGACUGUUAAAUUAACAAUAAAAAAUAGCAGGAUUUCUUUUAUAACAACUUUGAAAAUCUCUGAUUUCUCAUUCAUUCCAACAGUAGCAUACAUUUGUAGGGCCUAAUUCUGCAUGAAGCCAGCUUUACACUAAUGCAACUCAACUGAUGUAAGGAAUUUCUCCUGAUUUACACCAGUAUGAGUGAGAGGAGAAUCAUAUUCUACCCACUUUUCAAAGUUGUGACUUCCUGUUUGAUCUGUCUCUUGUUACUAAAUCUCCUCUUCUCUGUGCUAAUUUGCAACAUUUUCUUUAGCAUGGAAAGCAGUCAAAAUGUUGAAAUGGUCCAAGCCAAAAAGCAUUCUCAUGAUGUUCCUUAAUUCUACUACUGUUUAGAGAGACAGGCAGUUCAGAGACAACUUACCUUGACUAAUUUGAAAGGUAGCACUGGGCAGGGGGAAGUGCAGGAUAAUUUCCACCCGCGUUUUAGUUUUUAGAACAGGGAGCUACCCUGUCAAGAA